AUGCAAUUCAACAUCCUCAACAAGGACUACUACAAAUCUAACAACUUCAACUUCGACAACUGCAAGUCUGACAACCCCAAGGUCGACAACUGCAAGUCCAACAAUCUCAUCCUUACCAACUACAAAUCCGACAACCUCAACACAAACAACUACAAAUCCAACAAUUUCAACGUCUAUAACCGCAAUUUCAACAACCUCCACAUCGACAACUACAAGUCCAACAAUCUUAACCUCGACAAAUACUAUUCCAAUGAUUACAAGGUCGACAACCAUAAGUCCGAAAACGACUACUUCAAAAUCGACAUCUACAAAUCCGACAACUUCACCGUCGACAACUGCAAGUCCGACAAUCUCAACACAAUCAACUACAAGUCCAACAUUAACGUCGACAACUGCAAGUCCAACUUUAACGUCGACAACUGCAAGUCCAACAACCUUAGCGUCGACAACUACAAGUCCGACAACCACAAUUCCAAUGACUUCAACAUCGCCAACUACAAGUCCAACAAACUCAACGUCAACAACUACAAGUCCGACAAACACAACACAAACAACGAGAAGUCCAACAACUUUAACGUCGAGAACAGCAAAUUCAACAAACUCCAUGUCGAUAACUACAAAUCCAGCAACUUCCGUGGCAACAACCACGAGGCCUAAACCUUCCACAUCGACAAGUAAAAGUCCGACAACCUCAAGUCCAAUAACCUCAUCCUUGCCAACUACAAAUCCGACAACCUUAACAAAAAGAACUACAAAUCCGACAAUUUCAAC